ACGUCACCAAGUUGAAUUUCGCAAUGAGCAGGAAUGUCUGGGAAGAGCGUGAGUGGAGAGAGAGAAGCAGACAGAGGGAGGGGUGAUUCAACGCUGAGUGUCAAAUCCCAAGGGGAGAAGUGUUUGUAAACCCACUCUUCCUCCUCUUCCUCCUUCUCUUCCUCCUUCUUCUGCCGUUCCUCUCUGCGUCCCUCUCUGCUGUUCCUCUCCCUCGGCCCCUGACGCAGCAGCAGCACACCUGGACCACGGAGCGGCGUGAGGUGAACGCAGGUAAAGGUGUGGAGGACUGCGGCGUGUGAAGAGGUCUGAGACUGGGCGGAGGUGGUGUGUGUGUUUGGUUGUAGAGAUUUCUCGACUCUGAAAAACAGAAACAAUCAACAUGGGAGAGGCUCCAGAAAGAGAAGAUAGUUCAGUCAUCACACGAUCAGCAGAGUAUGUGGGCUCAUUUCCUGUGGACGACCGCUGUUUGGAUGACCAGAUGGAGCAACUGCACACUCAGCUGAAGGCCCUUAAAAAGUGCAAAAGGAGGAGGUCUGUGUCCAUCAAAUUCUCCAUCAAAGGUGUGAAAAUGUACGAUGAGGAUGAAACAACUCUCCUCAUGGCUCACGCUCUACGUAGGGUCUCUCUGUCCACUGCCCGGCCCUCUGACGCCCAGUUCGCCUUCGUUUCUCACAACCCUGGAAGCGCUGACGUCCAGCUGUAUUGCCACGUCUUCAAAGCAAGGCACGCCAGAGCGGCUCAGUUCCUGAACCUGGUGCUAUGCCGCUGCUUCCAGUUGUCUUACUUAGAAAAGCACCCAGAGGAGGCCCAGGAGGACUCUGUCGGCCCCCUUCCUCGUCGCAACCCCUCCCUGCUCAACCACGGCUUCCCUCUCAGCGUCAGUGCCUUGGUGUCUUUCAGAAGAGCACCUUUCAGGGGGUUGUUACCAGGCAGUAAGAAGAAUCAAAAGUCUUCUGAUGAUCAGCUCAGCAGCCAGGAUGAAGUCUUCCCCACCUCCUCUCCAUCUCUGAUGCGCAAGAAAGCCAUCCGCACUAAAGUGCUGCGCUCCGGAGCUUACCGCUCGUUCACUUUCACGCCGCUUAAACAGCGAAAUGUUCAGGAGCAACUGAGUGCGUCACAAGGAAAGGAUCAAGACACGAAGCCCAAAAAAAGAUCCCGGGCUCCCAGCUUGGCCGAGUCAGAAGAAGCACUGGCUCAGGCAGUGUGGUGUUGGGCUGGUCUCGCAGCUGACAGCAGCUACUCUCUGCUUGCGGACGAUGUUCUGGGAUCGUACCUUCUUUGCCCACAUCCUAAGAAACCCAAAUGUGGCUCUCUCAUCAUUCGGUUCCCCUCUGGCCUGAUCACACACCUCAUAGGAAACACUCGCAAAGGGAAGUUCCUGCUGGAGAAAUGCAAAGCUGAAUUCAGUUCCAUAGCAGAGUUAAUAGAACACUACACAGAGAAUCAGGGGGAGCUGUCAUGUCCACUGAGCUGUGCCCGGGUUAACCACUGCUACGAGUGGGAGGAAAACACCAGCAAACAGCAGGCUGUGAAGCCCAUCAAUAGCCAAGCCAAAACUAAAAGUUCCCACAGGAGGGAAUGGGUUUAACCCCGGACAUGAGAACUUGUGAACCGCCAACAUCAGAGACUCCAAACUAAGUGACACUUUUUUUCUCCUGCACUUAAAAUCCUGUUUUCUGGUCACACGUGGCGUCUUGGGUUGGCUUCACAAACUUUAUAACACAAUGAAAAUACCAACAGUUUUGGCACUCAAUGUAAAUAGUUUUCAAAGAGUACUUAUUUGUGAAAGAUUUAAUCUUUCAUGCUGCUUUUAUAUUUUAAUUUUUUUUUUAAUAAUACUUUUAUUCGUGCCUUUAAGGCAUCAGAGUUUGUCAGUGUUCUUAGAGGUGCAACGACCUGAAAAUGAGAGAUGAUCAUACAGGUUGUUGCACCUAAUGGCAAAGCAAUUACUCUUCUUCCAGUCCUACAUUGUGUACAUUAUGCACAAAUGUCUUCUGUAUUUUUUAUUGUUUGUUUGUAUUUUAAUCUUGCUCACGAGAAGCUCUUUGCACUUUGGACAUAAAGGGUCUGGACCAGAAAAAAUGUAGGCUUUGUAAUACACGACUGUUGUUGUAUAUUUCAUCUCUUGCCACCACUAAGACAACCUACAGAGAGGGGGAAAGGUUGAUUGUCUUUUUACAUUUUUGAACUCUAAAGUUUGUAAUCAGACUAACCUUUUGGUACUCUUGAUUAACUGGAAGUGUUUAGAUUUUUCAGCCUGAAAUUAACAGUUGUCUGAAAUCAGGUCUUGUUAUAUGUCUGUGAUAUAUAUUUUUACAGUCAAAGGGGCUGCAUUACUUUUUCCCUUGCUUGUCUUUUCCAUAUUAGACCAACUAAUUAUGUUCAACAUUGUUUAUCCCUGUUGAGAUUAAAUGAAAGGUGUGUUCUUAUUUGAACCUGUACCGACUUUAA